AUGGACAUUUCUGUUGCUCAAUAUGUAGCUUUCUAUGGGGUUAUACUUGUGAUUGGAUGGCUAUUACACUGGGUAUACAGAUGGAUUAACCCAGUUUGCAACGGGGUUCUUCCUCCCGGCUCCAUGGGAGUGCCAAUUAUUGGUGAGACCUUGGACUUCCUCAAGGCAAGCCCUUCCUUGGACAUCCCAGACUUUUUGAAACUAAGGAUGAAAAGGUACGGCCCAGUUUUCAAGACAAGCUUGCUGGGUCAGCCUGCAGUUAUUUCCACCGACGCAGAGGUCAAUCGAUUUGUGUUUCAGCACGAGGACACCUUGUUCACUAUCGGGUACCCUUGGGUAGUGACUAAGAUAUUCGGUGAGAAGAGCAUCCAAGCCUUCCAUGGCACAAUCCACAAGUUCGUUCGGAGAUGCACCUUCACACUGCUCGGCCUCCAAAGCCUCAGAGAGGUGCUCCUUCCUGAGAUGGAGGGCGCCGUCAGGGAAGGCCUUGCUGCAUGGGCCACCAAGCCGAGCGUCGACGUGCGCGGCGGUGCGCCUGACCUUCUGUUCGAGAUGGUGACGAGGAGGUGCGUUGGUUUCGAUUCCACCAAGUCAAGAGAACUGAGGGACAAGUUCGAUGCGCUUUUCACAGGAUUGUUCUCCUUUCCAAUAUAUUUCCCAGGGACACCAUUUUACCGAUGCAUGCAGGCCAGGAAAAAUGUGCAGAAGAUACUACGGGAUACGUUGGCGGAGAGGUUAAGUACACCAGGGAAGAAACAUGGCGACCUCCUUGACGUAAUUGUCCAAGAGCUGCAGGGUGAAGGGCCGUUAAUAAGUGAGAGUUUUUACGGUACCCUGGUGACCAAUGAGAUUAUUCGAAUAAGCAAUGCCGUAGUUGGAAUAUUCAGAAAAACUCUCACCGAUGUACAAGUCAACGGCUACACAAUUCCAGCCGGGUGGCAGGUCAUUGUGAACCCCAUGGCAGUUCAUCUCAACGAAGAAUUGUUCGAAGAUCCACUGAAAUUUAACCCAUGGAGGUGGAUGGAUGAGUCAAAGCGCAGCACAAUGUUGAAGAAUUUCUUGCCAUUCGGAGCAGGCAUCAGGGCAUGUCCUGCCGCAGAGUUUGUCAAGCUGUUUGUAUCACUUACCCUCCAUAUUUUGGUGAUGGAGUAUAGAUGGGAAGAAAUGAAAGGAGCUGAUGCAUUUCGUAGCGCGGAUGUUAUGUUCCCGCACGGCUAUCACAUUCGACUCAGAACAAAGGACGGCAAAAUUAAUUGA